AUGUCCGUCCCGUCUGCUUUCAAGGCCGCUCUCAUCCCUAAUAAAGGUGAAGAGCCAUACGUCGCAGAGCGAUCCCUCGCUCCUUUAAAUCCCGGCGAGGUUGCCGUCAAGAUCACAGCAACCGCCAUUAACCCCGUGGACUGGAAGAUCCGCGACUACGGCUUCUUCAUCAAGGAAUGGCCGACGAUUCUAGGAACUGACGGCGCUGGCGAGGUUGUCGCCCUCGGCCCUGACACAUCCCGCCUCGCCAUUGGCGACCGCGUCUUCUUCCAGGGAAUCCUGGGCAACUUGGACUCGUCCACCUUCCAGCAGUACGCCAAAAUACCCGAGGCGCUGGUGUCGAAAACGCCAAAGAACACCACCGACGAGGAGGCCGCGGGCAUUUCCGUGACCACUGUCUGCGGUGUUGUCGGCUUCUACGACAAGACGGGCCAGGGACUGCCCGCGCCCUGGGGCGAGGGAGGCGACAAGGCUGGCAAAGGCAAAGCAGUUGUCAUCCUGGGUGGCAGCUCUUCGGUUGGGCAGUACGCGAUCCAGCUGGCUCGCCUGUCGGGCUUCGACCGCAUCGUCACGAACUCUAGCCCCGCGCACCACGAGUUCCUGAAGAAGCUGGGUGCGCACGUUGUCCUGGAUCGAUCGAAGGCGGCCGUGGAGGAUUUCGCCGAGGCGAUUGGGGAGGUCCCGCUCGAGUUCGCAUUCGAUGCCAUCUCCGAGCUCGAAACUCAAAUUCUAGGCGUGAAAAUCCUCCAGGCAAAGAACGUCAGCAAUGCUCAGCUGAUCACGGUAACUGCCGUCCAGGAUGAGGCCCAAAAGCUUGGCCAGUCCAAGGAGCCAAAGGUGCUUAUUAAGAACGUUCUGGGAUUGGGAAGCAGCCCGGAUCUGCGAUACUUGAGUGAGCCGCUGGUCAAAGCCCUCGGGGAUGAGGACGGUUGGCUUGCAAAGGGUGUCUCGGGUCACAAGGUUAUUAUCAAGCCCCAGGAGUAA